AUGGAGGGAGUCAGUUUGAAGUGUUUUGCGUGGGUUUUAAUGAUUCUCCAUUGUGCUAAUGCCAUUGGAAAAUACAGGGGACUGGAAUUUAUUGAACCAUGCUCGAGAAGUGAUCCAGAACUGGAAGCCUGUCUUGCGAGAUCUGCCAAUGUUCUUACUCAGAAAUUUGCAAGUGGAUUACCAGAGCUAGGAUACCCAGAAGUAGAACCAAUAAUCCUGGAUGAGGUUCACAUUGCCCUUGGGGGCGAACCUGACGGGUACAGAGCACAAUUUCGGAAUGUGACUGCUAGAGGUGUAUCAUCUCUGCGCAUUACAGGGUUGAGGACUAGAAUCUCAGAUGAUGAAGUACAAAUACAAUUGGCUCUUAGCAUCCCGAGGAUUCGGGCUGCAGCAAAGUACAGAUCGAGUGGUAAAUUGAUUCUGGUCCAGGCCAGUGGGGCUGGAGAUUAUUGGGGUGAAUAUGACGGUGUUAAAGCUAAAAUCUUCAUUCGCGCAAAGCCAUACUUGAAUGAAGGUCUGAAAUACUUGAGAUUGCAGCAAUUAAAGAUGGACUUCAGUGUCCAACAUAUAAAAAUGGGAGUGGAGAACGUUCGUGAUGGAAAUACCAUAUUACAAGCAGCACUGAACCUGUUUAUCAAUAGCAACAGUCAAGAGCUGCUGAAAGAAAUGAAGCCAUCACUCCGGCGUAAAUUAAUUCAAGUAAUGACGACAUUUGUUGAAAAUCUGUUUGCACAAGUACCUUACGAUGCAUGGAUCUCUAAUUAA